UUCAUCCGCAUUUGGCGGGGGAUGAACAAGCAGUACGUCCGCCGGGAGGUCUUCUGCGGGAACACCUGUCACGAACUCAAGCGCUUCUGGGAGCGCGAGAUCCUCAAGCAGACCUGCUACCGGGAAUCCGAGGAGUACCGACUGGGAAGAAGUGCCCUGAGAAAGCUCAGAGAGGAAUGGAGGCAGAGACUGGAAGCCAAGCUGAGGCUGCGAAACAAUCCAGAUGAGACCGAAAAGCGGGCAAAUGUGGGCCGGGAGCUUCUUGCUUCGCUGACACAAGAGGAUUCAAAGCACUGAGGUGGCUCUACCAGGAGAAGUCAUUGCAAAUGCCUGAGUCCUGGAGCCAUGCCAGAGAGGUGUCACACUCCCCCCGACCUGUUACAGAUCUACCUGCACGUCCUCCCUGGCACCAAGUAGGAAUGAUCAGCCAAGUCAGCCUAUUCCACAUGGGGCCAGGAUAUUAGCCCAAGUGUCUCUAAAGAUGAGAUUAUUUAAUACCAGAGCUCCAUGCAGCAUACUUUAUUUCCAUAUAAUUACCUCCUAAUUUUAAAAUCUACGUAUUUUAAAUUCUAAGCACACUCUGGGGGUGGGGGGCUGAUCUUCAUGGUCACACUUUAAACAUUGCCCACCAGUGUCUUCCCACAUCUCUCCUAGAAACAGUUUCGCAUGAUCCUUUCUCUGACUUUCCUUUUAUGAGAAGAGAAAUGCACCCAUCUACAGAAAUAGCUGUAUUGCAAAUAGUCGUAAAAAUAAGGUUUUGCCAAGAAAUUGAUCUAAUGCUAUUUCUCCUUCAUGUGAAUUUAAUUGGCUUCCUCAAAGCAGGGU